UUAAAUGAAACAGAAGCCUUUGGUUUGGCCAUCUCCACCUCUCCUCUCUAUUUUCAACACGCCUUCCUGUCCUUUCACAACAUUUUCUUUGUUUUCUUCUCUUUUCUCUUUAUCUUUUAAUUUUAAUUUAAAUCAUUUUUUGUUGUUCGGUUUGUCUUCUUUCCUACAUUUUUAAAUUUUGUUUUACUUGCAUCUGCAAUUGAGGUUCUGGUCAAUGCGGCUGGAUUUCUUCCAGAAAUUAGGGUUUUGAUUUUCGAUUUUAAGAUUCGGGGGCUGUUGUUGCAAAUCGAUUGAAGUGAAGAUCUUUUGACCUUUGGGCGUGUUAAUUUGGAAAAUCUGUUGAUUAUCGUCAAAUCGACGAUAAAUCUGGGUAUUAAAAACAAGCCAAAAUCACCGUCAAAAACCACUAGAUUGAGCUAUUGCUCUGAGGUUUUUUGAAGAGAAAUUGAAGAUGGACCAUGUGAUUGGAGGCAAGUUUAAGCUUGGAAGGAAGAUUGGGAGUGGCUCUUUCGGAGAACUCUAUUUAGGUGUAAAUAUUCAAACUGGAGAAGAAAUUGCUGUUAAACUGGAAUCUGUGAAGACCAAGCAUCCACAGCUUCACUAUGAGUCAAAAUUGUACAUGCUUCUUCAAGGAGGAACGGGAAUUCCCCAUCUCAAGUGGUUUGGUGUUGAGGGGGACUACAACAUCAUGGUCAUUGACCUGCUUGGUCCGAGUUUGGAAGAUCUGUUCAACUAUUGCAAUAGGAAGUUUUCUUUGAAAACAGUGUUGAUGCUAGCUGAUCAAUUAAUUAAUAGAGUGGAAUACAUGCAUUCAAGAGGUUUUCUUCACCGUGAUAUAAAGCCUGAUAACUUCUUAAUGGGCCUAGGCCGCAAAGCAAAUCAGGUCUAUAUCAUUGACUAUGGCCUUGCAAAAAAGUAUAGAGAUCUUCAGACUCACAAGCACAUCCCAUACAGGGAAAAUAAGAAUCUCACUGGCACAGCUCGCUAUGCAAGUGUCAACACUCAUCUUGGUGUUGAGCAAAGCCGAAGGGAUGAUUUGGAGUCUCUUGGUUAUGUCCUUAUGUAUUUCCUUAGAGGAAGCCUUCCCUGGCAAGGACUGAAAGCUGGCACGAAAAAGCAAAAAUACGAUAAGAUCAGUGAAAAGAAGGUGUCAACUCCAAUAGAGGUGCUUUGUAAAUCAUACCCAUCUGAGUUUGUUUCAUACUUUCACUACUGUCGAUCAUUGCGAUUUGAGGACAAACCAGAUUAUUCAUAUUUGAAGAGGCUUUUUCGGGACUUAUUUAUUCGAGAAGGGUUUCAGUUUGACUAUGUAUUUGAUUGGACUGUUUUAAAGUACCCUCAGAUUGGUUCCAGCUCUAGAGGAAGGCAUAUCAGUGGGAAGGCGGCUGGAGCUCCAGGACCAUCUGCAGAAAAACCAGAAAGGAUAUCAGUUGGGAAAGAGAUCCGAGACAGAUUCUCUGGUGCAGUUGAAGCAUUUUCCAGAAAAAAUACAUCUGCUACUCCUCAUCGUGAUCAUACAAGACACAAGACAUCAGAGGACUUGCCUACAACCAAGCAUGUGAAUCCUGAUCCUGAUAAAGGACGAAGUUCAUCUCGAUAUGGCAGCACUUCAAGAAAGGCUGUUAUCUCAAGUAGUAAGCCAAGUUCAUCUGGUGAAUUCAGUGAGUCCCGCACUACCAGAUUUAUCUCAAGCAGUGGUAGGUUGUCUACCACUCAAAGGACCCAACCUGGACAUGACUCCACACAAUCUUCUUUAGUCCGCACUUCAGGUGGUAGAAGCAAUCGUGAUGAUCCACUUCGAAGUUUCGAAAUGCUCUCAAUCAGGAAAUGAGUAAAUGGAUGUGAGAAUACAUUGCAUAAGCAUGUAUGAGUACUCUUCAAAGCGGAGAAUCUUACGACUUAUACUCUCUUUUGUAUAUGGGAUAUUAGCUAAUCAACGCCAUAACGUUUCAUUUCACUCAGACCACAUUUCCUGAGUCCGUCUGUACCUCCUACAUCUGCAUUCCUUCUUUCGUUCAAUUUUUUUGGCACCGCUGGAGCUUCAGGCAGGCAAGCCAUUUUAACGAGUUCUAGAAUCCAAGAAAGAGGAAGUUUAUGUCAUGAAAUUUUAUUUUCAUAUAAGACUUGAGUAGCUGUAAUAAAUACUGUUUUUUACAUGUUACCUUUGAGACCAAGAUUGGUAAUUAAUCUAUGUACUUGUUUAAGUAA